UUUUGCUUUUGUUCAUCAAUGUUCAAGUGGAAGUCUUGAGUCUUGAGGCUCAUGAUGGCAUCAAAUUCAAUGACUUUUCAACGUGACAAAGUUUGAGCAUGAAAGACUGAAAUAAAUAGUUUUAUAACGAAGGGAACGGAAUAGAUCUAGAUUCUAGAUCUAAAUCUAGUAAGAAAAAACAAUGAAUCGUCCUAGUUAAGUAGGCCCUCCUCAUUUCUCAUACACUCACCUGAUAGGCUACUCAUUCAAUUUCAACUCAUUUUUUUAGUAACCGAAAUCACAUCAUGCAUCGAAUGAGGCUUGAUUUUCUUCCAACCGGACACAGAAGGGGUGCUAGUUCUGAUGGCACUUCUGACAUCCAAGAUCCUUCUCCGACUGAAGAAAAUGAUGAAGAUGUGAUAUUAGUAGGUCCAUCUUCGUCAGAGGAUGAGUUGGAACCUGAGCCUCCUAAUGAGGCAUCAGAACAGCAUAGUAUUCAGGGUGCGCACACUCAAAGCAUAAAACAUUUUCUAUUAGAAGCUAAGAGACUGCUCAGGUGUGCAGAUGAUCAGUCUAGAUCAGAAGAAAGACAAAACAGUGUUUCUGGACACCUCUAUGAUUUCUCUCGUCAUGUGACUGCCGAAGAUCUUUUGAGGGAAAGGGAAUUCACUGAUAUGUUAAGCCUUGUUGCUCGUCUGAAGGGCAGGUUAAGUGCUGAACGUGUGUUUUCUCUUGGAUGCCCACAUCUACGUAGAGAGCGUGAUAUUUUUGACGAGCUUUUGUUACUGCAUUCAGCCGAGUUGUUAGAAGGAAGUGAGAGGACAGCUCACGUUAGUUCAGAUGUGGCUAGUGCCUCAAACACUGAUUUGUCCUUGCCUGGACCUUCAAACAGUGUCGUUGAAACAACUGAAUCAAAUCGCAACAUUAGCAGUGAGGUCUUAAAUCCAAAUGUAUCCGACCAGAGAACACUAACUGUGUCUGAAGGCAUAACAAAUGUUCCCUCUGGUAUUUCAACAAUGCCGUCUGCUCAUUCUCGAGAAGAAUUGACAGAGAAUUCAGAGACUAGUGCUUCCUCUUUCAUUUCUGCAGCAGGAUCAGUUCUUUCAGAAGAUUCUUCUGGAAGUCGGGUGAAUUUCAAUGGCUUGGAAAACCAAAUGCAACAUGUGAGGGAGUCUUUAAAGCAGUUUCUUCUUUCUGGAACCAUGGACUUGUCACCAACUGUCAAUGUUCAGAAUGUGUUACGAUACUUGGAGAUGUCGUCUGCAUUAAUUCCAUCGUGUUCAUCCGCCAGUACCAUGGAGAAUUUGGUCCAGUCCCCAAGAAGCAGAAAAAGGAAAAAGCCUGAAGAUGAAGUUGCAGCUAAUGACUCAAAAGAGGAAGAAAAAAUGGAUUCUAAUGAUAAAAAAACGAAGGUGGAAGAGGAGGAUGAAGAGGAAGAAAGUUGCCCAAUCUGUCUGGAGCCGUGGUCAACUGGAGGAGAGCACAGGAUCACAUGUCUCAAAUGUGGACAUUUGUUUGGCCUGAGCUGCAUUGAGAAAUGGGUGGAUCAGGCUCGUUGCUGUCCUCACUGCAAAGCCCCCGCCAAGAAGUCGGACAUACGACCUAUCUUUGUUAAGAAAGUCACCGCGGAAGACACUUCACAAAGAGACAGAGCUCUUCGGCUUCUAGAGGAAGAGAAAUUUUCUCGGCGACAGAUGGAGCAAAAAGAAGCUUCGACAAGGAAGGAGCUCAGUGGCAAAAUCGCCAGCAUGGAGGCUGAGAUGGUGUUGCUUCAAGCUCGGCUGCAGAGAGGAGAGGUUGUUGGUGCGGUAUCCAGUGGUUCUUCCUCAGUUAUAUCUUCCACUCCUGGCUCCGUACGGUAUGGGUCCAGUCGAUUUGCCUUCCAAGAAAAGAUCAAUUUAUCUCAGGAGCCCAGCUGCCGAGUGUUUGACGUUUGUCCAACUUUAGGCAUGACCGUUGUGUCUUUGAAAUCGCCAAAUACUCUGUUUAGGGGCUUUGGAAUCAAGAUCCUGUCUCGAGACUUCCGCCAUCUGUCCUACCAGCCACUCCACGCCAACAUGAUUCGUGACCUGUGCUUCCAGCCAGGAUCAUUGGAUGGCAUGCUGCUGUCCGGAGGCAUGGACAAGUGUGUGCAGCUCACCAGUCUCACCAGCAAGACAGUCGUUCAAAAGUACACUUUGAACAGUACUGUCUGGUCUUGUUCGUGGAACUUGCAAAAUACGAACCUGUUUUACGCUGGGAUGGAGAGAGGGGUUGUGAAGGAGUUUGACAUUCGGAGGACGGAUGCUCCUGUCGCAGACAUCUUGGACAACGGCGGCAGUCCAGUGACCUGUCUUCAGUAUUUGAGUGGCCAGGAGACAGAGAGGGGGUUGCAUGGCUUAUUGAUAGGACAUCAACAGAACUUGGUGUUUCGGGAGCAGAACGGAGAGGACGUACUGACCCAUAGGCUACCCUCCCCCCAAGCCCCCCUGAUGAGUCUCAGUCUUUAUCCCAAUGGGAAGUUCCUGACAUCCUUCAGACCUGGCACCAGCUUGACCAGCUGUAGACACGAGAUCAGCCAGCUGGUCCACCUUCCCAGCGAAGUGGAGGGGAUGCCCCACAGCGUCACAUCGGUGCGAGCCGCCUCGUGGGACAUCGGCAACUCUCAGACGGUCAUCAGCCGCAACAGCCUCAUCCCUCACCCAGAGGAGGAUUCUUCGCUGCUGGCGGUCGUGGCCAAUCACUCGGAGAAUAAAAUCAACAUUUUGGAUUUGAAGAAGAAAGAAGAAGUUCAGUCUUUGGUCUCGCACGGUCAGAGAAUACUGGACAUCAAGCCUGUCCCUGGCAUCACGGGUUCUUUUCUGGCACUGGCCGGCAAAGACCUGUUCUUGUAUAAGUGGAGAUGAGUCGCUGUCGCUGUGGUUGUAGUAGGUAGUGGGAAAAGUUGCUUUUGUUACCUCAGUCAUAGCUGUGGAACAAGUAUUCUUGUACUCAUACUGUGGUUAGGAUGUCCAAUGAUAUAUUCCACUUUUGAAAACCAUAAGUUAGAUAGAACAUUCUACUAAUUUUUUGUUUUUCAAGUGAUUAUACAAAAAUGACAAGACUAACCUUUCUCCAACAAUUAGCAACUUGUUUAUUCUUCACAGACUGCUAUCAGUGAUUUUCCAUUCCAAAACGUUUCAUAAUGAUAAAUCUGUAUUUGAAUCAUACAUUGACAACAAAUAAACACUCACUCUAUUUACUACAUAUAUAUACAGUGGAACUCUGAUUCAGCUAGCUCGGAUUCAACAAGA